CCGCGCCUGCAGGCGGAGCAGCACACCGCCGGGCGGCCAGCCUCGUCGAAGAGACAACAACAGUGACACAUCGGGAGCGCCAGUCCUCUCCGCCUCGCCAUGGAUGUCUUCUGAGAGAGGUGGACGCAGCGGCUCAACGCGGUAUUACCUCCGAGUUUCAGCCACAUGAAGGAGCUCCGUCCCGGCUGAGUUUGGGAGAUGGGAGUCCUCAACAUCGCAGACCAGCCUCCUCUGGUCCAGGCCAUCUUCAACCGGAAUGCUGAAGAAGUUCAACACUUAUUGCACAAAAAGGAGGAUGUCAAUGCACUGGACCAUGAGCGCCGCACGCCGCUGCACGCCGCGGCCUGCAUGGGCGACGUUCACAUUAUGGACCUGCUCAUCGAGUCGGGUGCCAACGUGAACGCUAAAGACCACGUGUGGUUGACGCCCCUGCACAGGGCGGCUGCCUCCAGGAACGAAAGGGCCGUGGGUCUGCUGCUGAGGCGGGGUGCCGAGGCCAACGCCCGGGACAAGUUCUGGCAGACGGCGCUCCACGUGGCCGCCGGCAACCGGGCCACGCGCUGCGCCGAGGCCCUGCUGAGCCAGCUGAGCAACCUGAACGCGGGGGACCGCAGCGGGCGCACCGCCUUGCACCACGCCGCGCAGAGCGGCUUCCAGGAGAUGGUGAAGCUGCUGCUCAACAAGGGAGCCAACCUGAGUGCCGUGGACAAGAAGGAGCGACAGCCCAUCCACGCCGCUGCCUACCUGGGCCACGUGGAGGUGGUGAAGCUGCUGGUGUCGCGCGGCGCCGACAGGAGCUGCAAGGACAAGCAGGGCUACACGCCGCUCCACGCCGCCGCCGCCAGCGGCCACAUCGACAUCGUGAAACACCUGCUGAGGAUGGGGGCGGAGAUCGACGAGCCCAACGGAUUCGGGAACACGGCGCUCCACGUGGCGUGCUACACGGGCCAGGAGGCGGUGGCCACCGAGCUGGUCAACCACGGCGCCAACGUCAACCAGCCCAACAAGUGCGGCUACACGCCUCUGCACCUUGCCGCCGUCUCCACCAACGGCGCCCUCUGUCUGGAGUUGCUGGUCAACAACGGGGCCGACGUCAACCAGCAGAGCAAAGAAGGGAAGAGCCCCCUGCACAUGGCAGCCAUUCAUGGACGCUUCACGCGCUCGCAGAUCCUCAUCCAGAACGGUGGGGAAAUCGACAGCGUGGAUCGAUACGGCAAUACUCCUCUCCAUGUCGCCGCCAAGUACGGCCAUGAACUGCUCAUCAGCACUCUGAUGACCAACGGAGCUGACACAGCCAGACGUGGGAUCCAUGGAAUGUUCCCCUUGCACUUAGCUGUGCUCUACGGGUUUUCAGACUGUUGUCGCAAGUUACUCUCCUCAGGUCAGCUGUACAGCAUCGUCUCCUCCAUGAGCAAGGAGCACGUGCUGUCGGCCGGGUUUGACAUUAACACCCCGGACAACUUUGGGAGGACCUGUCUACACGCUGCUGCCUCCGGAGGAAACGUUGAAUGUCUGAACUUGCUCUUAAGUAGCGGUACGGACUUGAACAGGAGGGACCUCAUGGGAAGAACCCCGUUGCACUACGCGGCUGCUAACGGCAGGUACCAGUGCACUGUGACGCUGGUGAGCGCCGGCGCCGAGAUCAACGAGCCCGACCACUCGGGCUGCACCCCCCUGCACUACUGUGCAGCCUCGCAAGCCUUCGGCCGAAUCGAUGGUCACUUUCCUGGGGGUCAUCAACACGAUGAAGAGGAUGCAAAAGAGUCCUACUUCUGUCUGGAGCAUCUUCUAGACAAUGGUGCCGACCCCUCCAUGGUCAACGCCAAGGGUUUCAGUGCCGUUCACUAUGCAGCUUAUUACGGCAACACGCAGAACCUAGAGCUGCUCCUGGAGAUGUCCUUCAAUGCACUAGGAGACAUAGAGAGCAGCAUCCCCAUCAGCCCCCUGCAUCUCGCCGCCGAGAGGGGUCACUGGCAAGCUCUGCGCGUGCUGACGGAGACGGCCGCCUACGUGGAUAUGCAAGAUGCCGCCGGGCGCUCGGUGCUGUACGUGGCCUCCCAGAAAGGUCACGCCCGCUGCGUGGAGGUGCUCUUAUCCCAGGGAGCCUCGUGUCUCAUCAACGACAACAGCCUCAUUUGGACCCCAAUUCAUGUUGCAGCUGCUCACGGCCACGCCGACUGCCUACGCAAGAUGAUGGAAUGCGGUGAGGAGGGCGACCUGGCCAACGUCGUGGACAAGUUGGGCCAGACCCCGCUCAUGCUCGCCGUUCUGGGAGGCCACAGCGACUGCGUCCGCUUCCUGUUGGCGAAGGAGGCCUUGCCCGACGCCAAGGACAAGAGGGGCAGCACGGCGUUACACAGAGGGGCGUCGCUGGGCUACGAUGACUGCGUGAUGGCGUUGUUGGAGCACAAAGCUUCUCCGCUGCAUCGGGACGGCCUGGGUCGCACGCCGCUGCACUACGCCGCCUCCAGAGGCCACGCCAAGGUCCUGCUCAGUCUAGCGCAGGCGGCCGCGGCGACGGAGCCGCAGGACCGACUGCUGGACAACAAAGGAUUCACGCCGCUACACUGGGCUGCUUACAAAGGGCAUGAGCACUGUUUGGAGGUUUUACUUGAAUUUCAAACAUUUCUUCACCAAGAGGGAAACCCUUUCACCCCCCUGCACUGUGCUCUGAUGAAAGGCCACGGCGGUGCUGCUGAGCGGCUUCUUGAAUGUGCCGGGCUGCACAUGAUGAAUACCAGAGAUGCCAAAGGAAGGACCCCCUUGCACGCCGCCGCCUUUGCCGAGGACGUGGCGGGACUCCAGCUGGUGCUUCGCCACGGGCCCGAGAUCAAUGCGGCUGACAAUAGCGGACGCUCGGCGCUGAUGGUGGCUGCCGAUAAGGGACACAGCGGCACCGUGGCCAUCCUCCUUCACCGGGCCAAGGCGGACCUCACGCUGCUGGAUGACAACAAGAACACUGCCCUGCAUCUGGCCUGCAACAAGGCUCACGAGAUGUGCGCUCUGCUCAUUCUGGGAGAGAUCCACAGCCCCGCCCUCGUGAACACCACCAACAGUGCUCUGCAAAUGCCCCUCCAUCUGGCGGCUCGUAACGGCCUGGCCGCCGUGGUGCAGGCGCUGCUCAGCAGGGGAGCCACCGUGCUGGCUGUGGACGAGGAAGGCCACACCCCAGCCCUGGCGUGCGCUCCCAACAAGGACGUGGCCGACUGCCUGGCUCUCAUCCUCUCCACCAUGAAGCCUUUCCCCCAGCUGGACCCUUCCUCCUGCCCCUGCCCGUCGCCGGCCGUCUCCCCCUCGCCGGGCCUCAACCUGCUCAAGCACUGCGGCAUCACGGCCGCCUGCGCCCCGCUGCCCAGCAACGGCCUCCGCAACGGAUACGUCAAAGAGCACCGCGGCGCGCCCGUCGGCCUGGACGGCUGCCUGUCUGAGUGAGGCCGCCGCCGUCAUCCACCCGGGGGGCGUCUCCCUUUAACGUGGACCAGGAGAGCACCCGCCCACAUAUCUAUCGUGUGUAUGUACGUACGUGUGCGUGCGUGCGUGCGUGCGCGCGAGAGAGCGUUUGGUUUUCUCUUGAGGUGCAGUUAAAGCUAAUAUGCAAUUAGACCCCCCUUCCUCCAUCCCGCAGUCCACCCUGGAGCCUGGGUUGCUCUACGAGGCCACGCCCACGGAGGAGAGGAACACGACCUGAUUGGAACCCUUUAAAGAUCACCUUGGGGGCCUUGUAGAGCAACACGCAGCCCCUCCCCCAAAACACCCAUCUUUUUGCUUUCUACCUGUACGUUGUGAGCCUAGCUUUUUGUCUUUUGUUUUAUUUUCAAAUGAAGGAACCACACAAGGGAAGAAGAGCGUGCACCUUGCGUGUGUACCCUGCGUGUGUACACCCUGCUGUGUACCCUGCGUGUGUACACCCUGCUGUGUACCCUGCGUGUGUACACCCUGCUGUGUACCCUGCUGUGUACCCUGCGUGUGUACCCUGCUGUGUACCCUGCUGUGUACCCUGCGUGUGUACACCCUGCUGUGUACUGCAGUACCUACGCAAGGUCAGGCGGCGUGCUUUUCAAAGUUUCGUCUGCCGAGCAGGCCGUGGUUCUCAACACAGAGCCAAACCACACCUUACUUAAAGCAGGGGUGUCCAAACUGUGGCCCGCCGCUGUUAAAACUAAAAGAAAAGAGCGAGGAAAAAUAUUCUCAUUUUAUUUGCAUGAAAUUGAAAUAGUGAAAAAUGCCAUCCUAAUAUUAUGGGAAGCAAAACGACAAAUAAAGUUUUGGAACAUGAGAUGCAAUAACCUCAUUUGAGAUAUUCAAGUUUGGACACCCCUGAGGGCGUGGUGCAUUCGCGGACAUCUGUUUGUUUGUUGAGAACCACAGCACUCUCUAGGUGGCGCCGGGAAAGUGGGACGCUGGAAGGUUUUGAUGACCAAAGUUGAUGAACACUGCUAUGGCUAUCCAAUAAUUUAUUAGCGAUGAAGCGGUACUGUACACAGAAAGAUCUCGAUAUACCUCGUCAACUCGUUUAGCAGCUGCUGUCAUGGGUUUGGCCCGGGGGUCCGCAGGCGGCGUGGGAUGAAAGCCGAGCGACCGAGGCCUUGUUUAUUUCCCGGACGAAGGCUUUCCAAGUCAUAUAUCUAAAUACAUCCAUAAAUCCCCAGAGGGAGGGGGCACCCGGGGGAAUCCACUACGUGAGCACAUCAGUGAUGAACAAGCCAUUUCAAUUGCGUUCUCCAUCCGCUGGAGGCGUGUCGGUGCCGCCUCCUUUUCCUCGUGUCCGCCAGUCUUCGACUCGUCUUAAUAGCUUCAAUCUUGAAGGAUCUGCUCAUGGUUGGGCUUUUUUCCUCCAUUGUCCUCCUGGCGCUUUCUGAGCAAUAUGUCUUUCUUUCUUUCUUGGCCUUUUCUCCUCUUUUUUCUUGUCGUAUCGAACAGACAAUCACUGUCGCAAAAGGGCUUUGGUUUCCCUGGAAUGUGUUGAUGUUUUCUUCUUUGUCUUUGAGUCCGUGAAAGAUGACCUAAAAGACCGGCUCCGUGUGUUCUGGGCAUUUUAAGUCGGGGGGGGGGGGGUCAACACAAAUGCACUGGAUUGCCUUUGACGGCGUCUCAUCAAAUUGCCUUUUUGGACCCAUGCCUUCCGUCAUUUCAGAUGAAAACGCGUCGUGGCAAAAGUAUUACCGUGGCGGCCCCACGCGCCACGCCCCCCUUCUGCUCCUGCUUCCAUGCCUGUGUUGCACUCAGGUUGGGGCUCGAGCACUGCGCUCCGUUGAUACAAAAUUCCUGAUCCAGGGGUGUCUCAACGUAGAGUAAUCCCUCCUCCGUCACGCUUCCUUGGUUCCCAAAGGGAUGAAUCAAGUAUUCCGUCUGGAGUCACCCUCACACUCCUAUUGCCCAAUAUCCUAUGUUGCAGCAGAGAAAAGAAACCAUUUAAGACCUUCUAAAUAUGGCUUUUAAUAUUCUUAGAGCCCUUGAAGCAUGAAGUAACACCCCUAUGCUCACAGUUGCUCUCCUUUUCCCCAGCAUAGUGGCCCAAGUAAGAGAAAAUAAGCCAUAUAAGACACAGAAAACCUGUCUUGAGGCCUUCUAAAUAUUUAAAUAUCAAAUAUAAAUAAAUAUGUUUUAUUAACGUUGCUAAGCACCUUCAUUAUAUUAGAGACCAAGCCAUCUUCGGGCGAGAUACAAAACAAAAUAAGCUUUGAACAUUGCCAGAGCCCUCUAUAUGGCAACGUUAUACCAUACGUCAACCCGACUGAUGAGUCCGUUUACCCAAAGUAGUACCUUUAGUAGUAGUACCUGUCAGGAUAAAUGGAAUACUUUGGUACUUAGAUCACCACCUUCGAAACACACCUUUUGACAUCAUUAGAGCUCUCUAGACAUGAAAUAACACCCCUACAGUCACCUUUACACUCAUAUUACCCAAUAGAGUAGAUGGAAUAAAGGACAAAAUGGCGGAUAAGACAUAGAAAAGCUGUUUACCACCCAAAUGUGUUUUUCAACAGGAUCAGAGCCUUCUACACAUGAAAUAACACCCCUACAGUCACCUUUACACUCCCAUUAGCCAGUAUAAUGAGAGAAAAUGAUGUCUUCUAUCAGAGGUCAGAUCAAUAAGACAUAAUAGACAGAAAUAAGAUAAGACUCCCGUGUUAGCAGCUCCUUGUCAUUUGUCUGGACAGCGUACUUCCUGCGGUGGCUUAAGCCAAAAUCCUUUGCUAAAGAAUGUAGUGAUUCAACGUGUAGAUGUGCCAAACUAUGACCUGGUAUCUUUCACGACACGGCAUUCAAGCAAAUCGUUUCAUUUCAUCUCUGGAGGAUUUGGGGCACCCCUGGAUUAAUCUGAUUAAUCUAUUUUCAUUUCAUUCAAAUUCAUCGUGCCGCCCACCCCUAGCGUUUUGGUCAUUGACGGUCUCUUCGUCCCGUUUCUGCCCGUUUCUGUGACAUGGAGGACCUGGGGGACGUGGAGGACCUGGGGGACGUGGAGGACCUCCCCUCCCCGUGGGGCCAGGCCCUCAGUGGCUCCAGAAGGAGAUCUUGAGUGACGCUGGUUAGUCCUCUCUGAGGCCCCGUUUGUGAUCUCGGCAUCUCGUGGCGCUCGGAGCGGCCCGCCACAAUUAAGGAACCAAUCAGAUCUCAGCAGGAUGGUCAGGAAUUGUUUGAUUGUUCUGAUGGAAAAACCUUAGUCCUGCAGCACUUCCCAAGGAAAGCCUGCUAGCAGGCCCCUCAGGUACAUUCCAUUCAGGUAGAAAGAGCAUCAAGAUGGAACGUAGACAUGUUUACACGCAUCGCUGCUGAUGUCCGCGGACGCUGGCUUUUUGCUUCUCUCCAUUUUUCGUGUGUGUGUGUGUGUGUGUGUGUGUGUGUGUGUGUGUGUGUGUGUGUUCCAGAGUCAACACACGUUUGUAGGUGCUGGUCUGUUCUGGCAGGGAUGAUUUUAUCUUUAUUUAUUUCCUCAGAUGAUGUCCAAAUGUUAGCAGUAAUGCAACGAUACAAUCUUUCCUUUGGAACACACUCUUGUUUUUCAUGCUGUGUGUGUGUGUGUGUGUGUGUGUGUGUGUGUGUGUGUGUGUGUGUGUGUUGACUCUGGAACACACACACACACACACACACACACACACGUUUGUAGGUGCUGGUCUGUUCUGGCAGGGAUGAUUUUAUCUUUAUUUAUUUCCUCAGAUGAUGUCCAAAUGUUAGCAGUAAUGCAACGAUACAAUCUUUCCUUUGGAACACACUCUUGUUUUUCAUGCUGUGUGUGUGAGUGUGUGUUUGUGUGUGUGUGUGUGUGUGUGUGUGUGUGUGUGUGUGUGUGUGUGUGUGUGGAUGGUCCAAUGGUAGCAACAGAGCAGCACAAAGCAUCCGCCUCGGCCCAUUGACGGAUCAAUUCCACUAAUUGCCAAAACCUGCAGAGGUGGGAGGGGGCAGCGAUGGAUGGAUAAGUUGAUGGAUGGAUGGAAUGAUGGAUGGAUGGAUGGAUGGAUGAUGGAUGGAUGGAUGCAUUCAUUCAGGCCGUGUACAGUGUGACCAUCCAAUCUGAGCCAUGACUGAAGUGAAUGUCGGUUCUCAUUUUUGGGGGUGGAGGAAGAGGCGCUAGAGUUCUUGCUUCAUGCGGCGGGACACGUUGACACGUUGACACGUUGACACGUUGACACGUUGACACGCGUUUCUUGGGAAUGCCUUACCGCGCCGGCGUGAAAGCGCACACAGCAGAUACGAGGGGGAGAACGCCACACCUAAGCUACGCCCAUUUAGUGCCAUAGAAACCUCCACUUGCCUUUGUUGGUCUCCCAGUUAUUCUUAUUUCUAUACCAGUACAACCCAUAUUUGCAUCAAUAUGUCAGACUCCCCCCACCCCACCCCCCCGCACGCUCACCGCUUAUGUGGACGACAUUUCGCAUCCCUUGUGUGAGAAACUCCGUGUAUGGAUGUUUUAUGGAUGAUUUAUGGAUGAUUUAUGGAUGAUUUAUGGAUGAUUUAUGGAUGAUUUAUGGAUGUUUUAUGGAUGAUUUAUGGAUGAUUUAUGGAUGUUUUAUGGAUGAUUUAUGGAUGAUUUAUGGAUGAUUUAUGGAUGUUUUAUGGAUGAUUUAUGGAUGUUUGAUGGAUGUUUUAUGGAUGAUUUAUGGAUGAUUUAUGGAUGUUUUAUGGAUGUUUUAUGGAUGAUUUAUGGAUGAUUUAUGGAUGUUUUAUGGAUGAUUUAUGGAUGAUUUAUGGAUGUUUUAUGGAUGAUUUAUGGAUGAUUUAUGGAUGUUUUAUGGAUGAUUUAUGGAUGAUUUAUGGAUGAUUUAUGGAUGUUUUAUGGAUGUUUUAUGGAUGAUUUAUGGAUGUUUUAUGGAUGAUUUAUGGAUGAUUUAUGGAUGAUUUAUGGAUGAUUUAUGGAUGAUUUAUGGAUGUUUUAUGGAUGAUUUAUGGAUGAUUGAUGGAUGUUUGAUGGAUGUUUGAUGGAUGUUUGAUGGAUGUUUUAUGGAUGUAUGCGCUAAUCUCUGCUUUAGCACGUUUUUUGGUGUCGGGCCUCAUUGUGAUAAGUAGGAUUCCAGAUUUAUAAAUAUAAAUUAUUUUAGUACUUGCAUGGUAGAACACCACCUACUAAAUGUACAUUGAACAUGAUUAGAAAGAUGGUGGUCAAAUGGUACAUGGUAUUUACAAGGUACUACACAGGUUUUCUAUGUCGAGGUACCAAAGUAUUUGAUUGAUUAAGAAGGAAUCCUACUUCAGGUCAACGGACUUGGCAAAGUCGGGUCUGGAACCAAUGACCCGCCAUAAACCAGGGACGACUGUACCUUCCACAAAGGAAAAAACAUAUUUUUCUUGAAGUAUAUUGUCCAGAAGUCGUGUUUUAAAAAUCCCAAAUAUGAAAUUUAAAAAAAAAAGUUUUUUUUCCCGCUCCAGCAAACCCCCC